GGGACGUUAUUUGAAAUUAAUAACCUCUUUGAUGAUGAUGUCAUCAUGAGCUUGACGCCCAACCCUGACCGAAGGACCUGAUAUCAUCAAAGAUUUUUUUCUUCUGUAAAAGGCAUCCGCGUAAACACAGUUCAGGUGACUACUCUAACUGGAAGGUCACUGCCUUCGUCAGCAUGUUGUUUCGGCACAGCAGCUGACUCCGAGGCCAUUACCUUGCACCUUUUGAACAAGCAGUAUAAAAGGGCGAAAUUUUCAUUCCACCUUUCAGACCAGGACUGAGAGACCAUUUGAUUCGAAAUGGCUCUUGUGGUGUCAGUCAAAUCAGCAAUCUUCGUGGCCAUGAUCAUAGAGGCCGUGUUUAUUGGAUUCAGCAGACCAGACGCCACGCCAAGCUCGACUGAAUCCUCCGACCCAAACGUUACUGCGGAAAGCUGUAAUCAAACGUGCAAUCCUUCUCAAAAUCGAAAUUGCUCGGGGAACGGGUGCUUCUGCGUUACUCUGAACAACAACACUGAAGGGAAAUGCUACACCUGGUCAUGGCCAGGAAUGAAUUCCAACGAGAUGCCUUGAGACGAUGAUAUAGCGGUGGCCGCGCCAAGAUGGUAGAAUACUGACAAAUAAAGUGCUCUUGC